UUAAAUGCCUUUGACUGAUCUCCCUCUACCCAAUGAAAUCGCUCUUUGAAAUUAGUUUUUUGGGCAACGUGAUGGCUUUUCGCCAGCUCAGAGAAAGUGCCACGACUCCACACUCAGCGGCUAUUCAGAAAGAGUGAACAUUGGUGGUCGCGGCUUUGCGGAGGGACAAGAUUUUUAAAGACAUGGACGUUUACGACCCCCAAACCCUCGGCUUCAUGGUCUUUGGUGGAUUCAUGGUAGUCUCCGCCAUCGGCAUUGCUCUGGUCUCCACGCUCUCCAUGAAGGAGACAUCGUACGAGGAAGCCCUGGCCAAGCACCGCCAUGAGCUGGGCAAGUCUGCCCAGACCCAGCUCUCUAUGAAGAAUAAGAAGAAGAAGGCAUUGGAGAACAAAAGCAAAGCCAAGAAGAAGGAAGAGCGGCCCAACGGGGAUCUCCCAGAACCGUUCGCAGAGUCCGCUAGCGAGCCCGAACCCGAACCUGAGCCCCUCGCUGCCCCCGAGCUUGAGCCUGAACCAGAGCCCAUUGCUACACCGGAUCCUGUCGUGGUCGCUUGUGCUGCCCCAGUGGCCGUAGAGGCUGCCGCUCCUUCCCCGAAAAAGAAGAAAAAGGUGGCUAAGGUGGCGCCGGCACCUGCCAAGCCUACCGUCGUCCCAGAGACCAUCGCCAAGGAAGUGCCCGUCAUGGUCGUGCCACCUGUGGCGAUUGAGGUUGCCCCGGUGACUGCCGCACCCACUCCGGUGUCCAGUGACUCUCCCGCCGCACCCGUUGCCAAGGCAGAGGAGCUCAAGGCUGAGGCACCUGCUAAGAAGAAAAAAUCCAAAGCAAAGGCUGAGCCAGUGGUUGCUGCCGUCGACUCUGCUGAUGCUCCCCUCCUCCUGCCAUACAAGACUCUACUGUCUACUGUGAGCAGCAUGACAUUCAGCGAGGGAGAGGCCCAAAGGCUCAUCAAAGUGCUCAGUGACAAGGCUGGCCUCGACUCCUGGCAACUGGCCUCUCAGAAGGGGGAUCCCACGGCUUCCCUGAAGAAACAGCUAGAGGAGAAGGAGAAGCAGUUGUCUUCCGAGCAGGAGGGCGUCUCCGCCGCCAAGAAUCGACUGAGGGAGCUCACCAAGGAGCUGAGCGCAGAGAAAUCGAAGAUGGCGAAGGUCGAGACCCGUCUGAGCUCAGAGCUGAGGGCUCACACUCAGGAGAUAACUGCCCUCCAGGCUCGCAUGCAGGCCUCCUACCAGGACCAUGUGGCUGAGACCCAGCAGCUCAACCUCAAGAUAGUGAGCCUGCAGGAGCAGCUGGACAAUGGCCCAGUCGCUCAGCUGGCCCGCUUGCAGCAGGAGAACUCUAUCCUGAGAGACGCCCUCAAUCAGGCCACCAGCCAGGCCGAGAGCAGGCAGAACGCGGAGCUGGCCAAGCUGAGGCAGGACUGUGUUCGUCUGAACCGUGACCUGGGCGAGAGGACAGAAGCCCUGCAGGCUGACGAUGAGCACAGGAAGGCUCUGGAGGCCAAAGUGUCAGCUUCUGCGGAGAAACUUGCCCAGUUCAAGGCGUGCCAAGCGGAGAGCGAGCAGGCCUGGCAGCAGAGGCUGGAGGUGGUGAGCCAGAAGCUCCAGAAGUCCCAGGACACCAGCAACACCAUGCAGGCCCAAUUAGACCAGGCUCAACAGGAGGCCAAAGCCUUCGCCGAGCUCCAGCAGCGCAUGGCCACCACGGAGGCCGAGCUGAAGGACCUGAAGGCCCAACAGGCAGUAGUGUCAGCUGUGGAGGAGGCCGCCAAGGAGCAGGUUGCCCCACUGGAGUCUCCCAUAGAACCUCCCCCCGAGGAGCAGGAGACUGUGACGGAAGGUGUUACCGAGACCCCCACUGCCACCAAUGGUGACAACUACGCUGAGGUUGAAGAGCUAAAGAACCGUCUGAUAACCAAAGAAGGUCAGGUGGCCGUUCUAGAAGAGGAGCUCCAACAGCUGAAGGUUGAACUGGAGCUGGUGAAAUCUUCCCAGACUGAGGAUCCACAGGUCAACGGCCUUAAGGAAAAGGAGAGCAUCGUGACGUCCCUCGAAGAGCAACUGCAGACAUUAAGAGCCAAGAUGGAGGUGGAGAGCACAGCAGACAUGGAGCAGCUUCAGAGCAGUCUGAAGGAGAGGGAGAGCCAGGUGGCCUCGUUAGAGGAAGAGCUCAAACAGCUGAGAGAGGAGCAAGGGAAGAGUGCAAAUGCUGAGUCCGGAAGUGAGACUGAAGCCGAACAGCCAUUUGAAUGCCUUGAGAAAGAUUCCCAGAUGCUAUCUCUGGAAGAGGAGCUACAAAGGCUAAAGGAGGAAAUGGAACAAGUUAGGAACAAAAGCAAUGAUCUCCGUGAAAAGAACUGGGCGGCAAUGGAAGCCUUGACCGCUGCUGAGAAGUUGAAUGAGGAAAGACUGGCUGUGGCGAAGGGUGCGCAGCACGUAGCCGAGGAAGCAUUGAGCUCGUUCCAGACAGAAGCUCAAAAGGCUCUUCAGAAGAUCUGCCCUGAUGUCUCUUUAGAAGCUGAGCAGAAUAACUGGUUGGAGUUACUCAUCCAGAAAGCACAGGCUACUGAAAUUCCACAGAGCCAAGAAGUCCAGCAAGAGAAUUUGCAACCCACAGACUCUGAGGAGCUUUUGUCAAAACUCGGAGAAGCCGAGGAGUCUCAGAAAACACUACAGGCGGAGUGUGAGCAGUACAGAACUGUCCUGGCUGAAACGGAGGGCAUGCUGAAAGACCUUCAGAAGAGUGUGGAGGAAGAGGAGCACGUGUGGAAGCUCAAAAUCGUAGACGCUGAGGAGCAAGGGCAAGCAGCUUUGGAUCAGGUGAAGGUGUUGCAGCAAGCUGCAGAGGAUAUGAAGAUGAACAAUGAAAGUACAGACCAGCUGAAAGAGCAGGUGAUGCUUCUGGAGGCCCAGUUGGAGAAACAGCUGGAGUCCAUCAGCUUUAGCCAGACUUACGCCGAGGAGGUCGCCCAGCUGAAGGCCUUGUUAACGAAGACCCAGAGUCGGCUGGAGACUGCCCAAUUGGAAGCUCAGAAGCAGGCCAAGGAACUUUCUGUGGUCAGACAGCAGCUGAGCGAGACGACGGAGCACGUGCAGAGCCAGGAGGCCUCCGAGUCAACACAGGUCCAAACCCAGCUGGUGCAGGUUGUAAACAAGUUGCAAACGGAGGAAGAGAUGAGACAGCAGCUGGCCGUUGACUUUGACCAGGCUCAGAAGUGCGUGACUGACCUACAGACACAGAUAGACCAAAUGAAGGCAGCAGGAGACUGCUCCACAGGAGAACUCAAGGAGAGGCUGGAGAAAGAGAAGAAGCUAACCAAGGACCUUGGCCAGGCGGCUACUAAACUCCAGCAGAUGCUCAAGGCCACCCAGGAGCAGCUCGUCAAAGAGCGGGACACCGUCAAAACCUUGCAGGGCCAACUUGUUGGGAAGGAGGAGCCCGAGCAAUCAAAGGAAGGGACAUCCGUCUAAGACCAAAUGAACGUCCCACAACUUUCCAAAAUGCCUUCAUUAUUUUACCUAUUUCUUUUUUCCCCUCUUUUCUCUUUUACUGUAGUUUGUAGUCAAAUGAUCAUUUUGUUAAGGGAUGGAGUUCAGAAGGGUUUUAAUAUUGUAUCCCUUUUUUAUUAUUAUUAUUUUGGAACCAACAAUCAAUUGAAGAGUCUCUGGCUGUGUCAGAAACUUGUUUAUUUGUCCUGACAUUCCCAGAACAUGCAGCGGUUCAGUGUUAUUGAAAAGGGGAAUUGCCUGUGCGUUAAACGUGCAGCAACUAGUGCAAUCACUUUCUUGUUCUCCUUUUGCCUGUCCUUUUUGUAUGACAUUGGAAAGGGAGGUUAUUUCAUGGUACGCAGAUGCAAUACAAUGUAAUGCCUUAUAUUUUACGUAGUGGGCUGCUGACCAAUGUGAGAAUUUGUAACAAAUAAACUGUAGAUCUAUUUGGGUUGA